AUGGACCCCGCCGCGGCCCCCGUCGCCCCCGCCGGGCGCGCGGUGCCUCCCAGCCGGCACGGGCUGCCGGAGCCCGGGCGCGGGAUGUCGUCCGUGAGCAGCAGGCCCCCCGAGGAGGGACCCUGCGGCAGCGGCGGCGCGCAGGACGAGCCCGCCCGCGAGCAGCCGCUGCACAAGGUCUGGGGGCGGCUGGAGGAGCUGAGCGCCAGCGAGGGCAGCAUCGGCUCCAGCUCCGGGCCGCCGGAGCAGGCUGCGAGGGCGGCGGCGGCGCUCGCGGGGGUGCAGCUCUGCGACGACAGCAGCCGCAGCGACGGUGAGCGGGGCGGCGAGGCGAGCGGAGGCGCCCAGCGGGAGGGCUCCGGCGCCGCCGCGGGGGCCCCGGCGGCCGGGGAGGCGUCGGCGGCCGGGGAGGCGACGGCGGCCGCGCCGUCGCAGGAGGGCGGGAGCUCCGGCAGCAGGGCUCCAGCGGGCGAAGCCCAGCGGGGCAGCCGCCGGGACAGCGGCGCCCGUGGGCCCGAGGGAGCUGCACGACAACGGCCAGUGCAGGCCCUGCCGCUACUUUGUGAAGAGGGGCGUCUGCCCCGAGAAGGAUGCGUGCCAGUUCUGCCACCUGGAGCAUGA